AUGCUUCAAGCUAUCCAGAUUCCAUUCGCUACACCGGGUGUCGAUUUCUCGAUUGGUCCAGACGGUUUUCCGGCAUUCCGCCUGGAUCCGGAAGCUGACAUCAAGGCCCCGUACAGACUGCAUUUACCUCCCAGCCUCUUCCGGAACUUCGCCAUUGGCGUCACUCUCAAGCCAAACACGCCACAUGGUGGAUAUAUCUUUGCAGUGGUUAAUCCAACUGAGACUGUGGUGCAGCUGGGACUGAAGUUAUCAGCGUCUGACGAGUCCACUGCUAACUUAACCCUGUACUAUACAGAUGUGGACAUGCAUCUCACAUCCCAGGCGAUUGUGACCUUCGUCGUGCCCGAUUUUGUCGGGCUGUGGACGAGGCUAGCCAUAAGAGUUAAGGAAAAUAACAUUUCGCUGUACUAUAACUGUGAGGAGUUUUCUACAACCAUGAUUCGAAGAAUUCCUAAAAGCCUGGUAUUCGAUACCGCAUCAACCCUCUACAUUGGCCAAGGGGGUACCAUUUUGAAUGCUCAUUAUCAGGGUGGAUUGCAAGAACUGAAAAUUUACAACAAACCCCGUGUGGCUGAGAUUUACUGUGAUGCGGCAUUCCAACUAUUGUGA